CAAAGUAAACAGUUGAGACAGUGAGAUGACCCCAUCAUCAGUACCUGCUGCUAAUGCUUGGCUGAAGUCCAGACACAUCAAUGUCCCAGGAGACUGGCUAGAGGCUUGUGUAGAAUGGAUUACCGAGGAAAAUCAGGGAGUCCAGCUUUCUCAGACACAAUUGAAUGGGCUGAUUUUUGAGCAAUGGCUUCUUGCAGACCUGCACGAGAUUGGAUCCAGGUGUCUACCAGAGCAAAUAACAUCCUCCAAAGAAGUCCAGAUUGAUGGGAUGUUUGCCCUACAGAUUGAUUCAAUGGUAGAUGUUGGGAAGCCUUAUUAUGGACAGCUACAGAGGGUUCAGGGAGCCAGCACUGGUAACAUGGAAGUUACAGCGGAACCUACACCACCGUGGGAACCCAAGCCAACUCGGAUGAUGCUGUUGAACUUGACAGAUGGAAAUUUCAAUGUACAAGGGAUGGAGUAUAAACAGAUUCCUUGUCUAAACAAUCAAAUAAAGCCAGGCUGUAAGGUCCUUGUGAGAGGCAGAGUGCGUUGUCGGCGGGGCAUACUGAUGUUGACUGCAGACAAUGUUACAGUGCUGGGAGGUGAGGUGGAUUCACUGGUCGAAAGCAACACACCACAAAGUGCCCUGAAACGAGCAAUGGAACAAAGUUUACAGUAUUCUGGUAAAGAAUAUCAUCAGGAGUUCUCAGGAGGGGACUCAGUGAGAGCAAAGAAGAAAAUAAAGGUGGAAUCCAUGUCACAACCUCAGCAGUCUGCAGUGAGGGGCAGGGUACCAGCAUCAGAACAAAGUACAAGGAAUGCAGCUUUCCCAAAACAGGAAGCCGUAAAAAUAGAAGAUGAGUGGGGAGAUGAUAUUGAGUUGGAUGAUUUGUUGGAGGAUGAUUUUGAUAUGGAUACUGUUCCUCCCCAUCCUGCCACAGCGACCAAUCAAAAUCAGAGACAGUGGAAGACAACUGCUGCUUCAAAACAACAGCCACUUAAGACUGGUCCGCCAGUAUCUCAAAUGUCGACACAAUACCAGAUGUUUUCUUCUCAGUCUGUCCCUCAGCCUGCUGUGUCAGCUAGAGGAAACACAGUAUACAAAGAUACAAGUUCUCAGAAUGCAGAAAACAGACAGAAAACUCAUAAUGGACAUCUGCCUGUUAGGGAAACAAAUCUAAAAACAGGGGUGUGUAAUGUCUCCAGUAAUAGUGCUAAAUAUAGUAAUAACACUUUCACAACUAGUCAAACCACUGUGAAACAAAAUAUUCAUCUGAAGAAGAGGACAAAUGCACAGCUAGAUAAUCCUGUCACAGAUGAAGAAUUAUUUGAUGACAUGGAUGAUUUUGACAUUAUAUCUGUUGGUGAUGGUCAUUCUAUUCCUCGAGCACCUUGCAGUGUAUCACAGGACACACAUAAAAAUGCAUACAGUAAGGAAACAAGUACUGCAAAAAAUCCACUGCAACAGAAGUCCUUAUUGCCAGUCCAAAGGAAGAAAUUGUUUAACAGUCCAAUGAGUCCUCAGCAAAGUAUAAAGGAAGAAGUGAUAGCUUCACGGCAGGUAAAUACAUGUAGUCAGAAUCAGUCUCCUACAUGUGCAGCUCCAUCAAAAGCUGUCAGGUUCCAGAGAGAAGAGAAAACAACAGAAAAACCCAUCUCUAUUGCCAUUACAAGUCCACUGAAAACUGCACAACCCACAACAGACCAACAAAGAAACAUUCCAGAGCUCCCAUAUGAUGCCAAACCCUUCACCUACCUGGCUUUUAUAAAGAAGAGGAUCCCUGUCAGUCAACCAAUCACCUUCAAAGUUAAAGCCUAUGUUUCCACACUAACAGACAAGCUAAGUAGGCCAGCAGGCAUUAAAUGGCAGUUGCCUUGUAAAAUAAAUGAUGGCUCAGCAGUAAUGGAUGUUAUUCUCUCAGACAAGGUACUUGCUCGUCUGAUUGGCUUCUCUGCUCCAGAGACUAUGGAGAUGAAACAUAUGAAACCAGACAGUUUUUUAAUGAAGAGGCUUAAUAAAGGAAUCAAAGAUUGCCAGCAGUCCAUUAUUAACCUUCUCUCAGUGAUGGAGAUAGUAAUCUCCCCUGGUGAUAAGAAACCUGAAGUUAUCUCCCUUGAAGAUCUCAGUGAAGAGGGCCUUAUAACACUUCAGAUGAGAGUGUCUGAUGCUUUGUAUAAAUUAAAUACCUGAAUGGUUUUAUAAGUAAACUAUUAAUUACA